UGCAGUGCAGUGCGAUGUAUGCAUGUUGUCAUGUAUACGUUAAAAAAAUAUCAAGCACGCAUCGAAAUUGUAUUUCCUUCUUUUUUCUGAAAGUAAGAAGUGGAAAAUCAUGGUAAAUGUCACAAAAGGAAUUUUGGUUGAAUGUGAUGCAGCUAUGAAGGAAUUUCUUUUACACCUGGAUGAAACAUUUGCAUUAGGCCGAAAAUUUAUAAUUCAAGAUUUAGAUGACAGACAUUUGUUUAUAUCCGCUGACAUCUUAGAUACAUUGCAAACAAAAGUAGAUGAUCUUAUGGAUCAAAUAUCAUUUCCUUUAGCAGAAAAAGGAAUAUAA